CAACCGGCAAGAUGGCCGCCGUCGGCGUCGCAGCGCGGACGAAGAAGAAGAAGCAGAAGUCUCUGUUUCCGCUGACGAGCAAUCAGGAGAACCGCGGCAAGAUGGCGGCGUACGCCGACCUCACGCGGCUCGCGGAGGCGUUGUACGCAGGAGAAAGGACAGAGAAGGUCGGAGAGAGUUCUAGUGGGGAUGCCGGCAGCCAUCUUGGUCUCUACAUGGACAGGAGAGCCGCAUUCAGAUUGCUGAAGGAAGAAGGCGAGCACCACAGGGAUAUUGGGAAUGUGGACUAUGAGGUCUGGCUGGAGAUCUGGAAGGGAAACGUUGGCGGCGCGCUCAAGAUCGCGUCGGAUAACAACUCGCUGAAUGACUAUCUAGUGGCUCUGUCGGCCCAGGGUAAGUGCAGAGCGGGACGGAUAUCGCAGGUAGGCGGCGAUGACCCCGCGUUCAACAAUAGAGCAGCUACGGGCAGCGGCGAUGACCCCGCGUUCAACAAUAGAGCAGCUACGGUCUGCGCGGCCGACGGCGAGACGGGUGACGAAAAAUCGCGUGAGAGAAACGGCGAAGAUAAAGCGGACGACGCGACAGUGUCGCCACCUGGCGACGGCGUGUUCAAACUCUCAGUCUCGUCCGUUGUUCUUACAGAGUCAAACAUCGGUUGGAAGUUAACGUUAGACGACGACGAGUCUGAAGAGGGCAGCACCGUGCAGUGCUAUCGCGCGGGACACGCCGACGGACGCGGCGGCGGAAGCGUAGGUGGCGCCGAAUCCGUCGGCGGAGAAGCGAUAGCGAAAACAAUUGACGCGGCGGCGACAUCUGGUGGGGAAUGGAGCGGCGAGAGCGCAAGUGCGUCCACGAUGGUCCCCGUUCUCGAGUUGGUCGAAACAGAAGAGCAUCUCGUCGCCUCUCCAGAAACGUCUCCAAUUGGUCCACAGUUCUUCGGUGAUGCGGUCUGCGAUCACCAGGUGGAGCCAGUUACCUGCGAACAUUUACCAGCCAAAGAAACCUCCGCUCGACCUAUUGGAUUUUUCGACGAUGCGGUUAGCGACCACCAGGUGGUGCUAGCGCAGCUGGAAAAGAUGGCGGCUGCAUUGCUGGAUAGUGUCGAUUCUCAGUCGGAGUGCAUGUCAUCAGAUGACAUACACCGAGGAGAUUUAACGUGGAAACCCGACGUGGAAACUACAUCAGAGGUCGUGAUCCCAGUGAAUGUGAGGUCAGAGGUCGUGACCUUAGUGGACACUACAUCAGAGGUCGUGAUCCCAGUGAAUGUGAGGUCAGAGGUCGUGACCUUAGUGGACACUACAUCAGAGGUCAUGACCCCAGUGAAUGUGAGGUCAGAGGUCGUGAACUCAGUGGAUACUACAUCAGAGGUCAUGACCCCAGUAAAUGUGAGGUCAGAGGUCGUGAACUCAGUGGAUACUACAUCAGAGGUCAUGCCCCCAGUGAAUGUGAGGUCAGAGGUCGUGAACUCAGUGGAUUCGACAUCAGAGGUCGUGCCCCCAGUGAAUGUGAGGUCAGAGGUCGUGAACUCAGUGGAUUCGACAUCAGAGGUCGUGCUCUCCCGGGGUUAUAGAUCGUGGCGAGAUCAGAGCUGUGGGGAUAAAGAGAAGGGGUUAAUAUCAGAGGAGAAGGAAGCUCUGGGGACUCUGGAUGAAGAAGAGACUGCAUCAGGCACUGCGACAGUGAAGUCAGGAAGCAAUUCGGCAAGACAAUCAAGUUCUCGUAAGCCUCCACCGCUUCCCAACAGAGAGGAGUCAGUAACCAUGCUUCUAACCUACCUGAGGCAAGCCUUACCCAGCUGUGCAGAGAGGGAAGCAUUAGUGCAGCGAAUCACCACGUGGGGGCAGCACCGUCCAGUCAACGAGAUUACCUAGUGCCGCUUCAAGAUCAUGUAAACCGAUUUUGGCGGAGCUUUUCGUAAAUAAAAAUGAAAGGGUCUCAGUGUA